UUGUUAGACUGGAUUUUCACCAAACAGGAAAGGUUAAAGUCUCUGGAGUUAUGACCUGAUACUCAUAGAGUAAUUAAACGAUGAACACAAGCUAGUUAUCUGGAAAGAUACACUUUGAACAGAAAUCAGUUGACAUUAUACACAUGAUCUUGCACACUGUAACACCCUGAUGGAAGAUUUUUUAACUACUUUAUCCUUUUUAGAAUUAUGAACAGCUUUAUCUUCAAUCCUGAUGAGCAGGGCACCUCGAGUGUCUCGACUCUUCUUUCGCUCAACAGUAUGGAUAAUAAUCUUACCAUUGUGUUAUUUGGAAACACUGUGGCAGUCCAGUUUCAAGAUGACAAUAUUCUUGUUGGAGACACACAACCAAAUAUCGGAAAUGUAGCAAGAUCCAGAAAUCUUCUUUUGCAGAAGAUAUUAGGACGUCAUGUGUCUGUGAUUAAUCUGAUUGGUUUGCAUGAAUCUGCACAUGAUCUGGAUCAAAUUGCAGGUCAAAUUGUCAGUGAAAAUAAAAUAGUGGCCUUCGUCUUUGUUGUGCGACUUGGACAGUUAUCAGAUGCAGGUCUUAUGGGUAUUGAGUGGCUUCAAAGUGUUUUUGGAGACAGAGUUCAUAAGUUUGUGAUGAUUCUCUUCACCUAUGAGAACGAGGAAGAGUCCGACUCUAUAAUCGAUGACCUGAAGAAAAACUUGGCUCUGGAGCAGCUGAUUGAGAAAUGUGGAGGAAGAUAUCACACCUGCAGCAAGAUCAUGAACAAGAAGUCAGACAUUAGAGACCUGAUGAAGAGGAUAGAGCAACUGUUUAUUGAUAAUAACCAGCAGUUCUACACUAGUGAAAUGUACAACACUGUGUUUAGACAAGACCGGGACAACAGGACAUCUCAAGAUCAAACUACAAGUACUGAAGAUAGUAUGGACAACAUCUCGAGAGCAAUAACAAAACAGAGACAUGAGGAAAAGAAGCCACCAAUGCAUGGUGAAAGACAGAAGAAGGAAACUGGAAGGAGUGAUGAAAUAAAGCAAUUGUUUCAUAGACUUCAACUUAACACUGAUAAAAUUGAUCCCAGUAAACUGAGAGCUGAAGAUGUUCUUCAACUAUCUACACAUUCAUCCCUGUCAUUAGAGUCUUGUGCUGAGGAGGAGCUGAUACAUGUUUUCCUACAAAAACUACUGAUGAUGAACUAUAGGGCAAGAUGCAUUAAAACUAAAGAGACUAAUGAGCAACAUGAUGGACAACAAAGUGAUGACUUGUCUGAAGAUGAGAGUAAUACUGAUAUUUAUACAGAAAGUCACUGGUUUCCUAAAGAGACAAACACAAGAGAUCCUAUUCAUCCAAUGGAUGUUCAGAUGGCUGUGUUUCAUUGUGCUGAUAGUUUCUUGAGGCAGUUGAUGGUCACAAAACUGUCUCAGUGUCAGUAUGCACUGCCUCUUCUUGUUCCUGAUCCAUUCACACAAGAGAUUUUGUUUCCACUUUGGACAUUCAGACAAAUCAACAAGAACUGGAAGAUGAAAAAUGCAGCUGGUGAAACCAGCAGUGAAACCCAGCCAGUAUGGAAGGCAGAAACACCAAUGGUGUUUUUCUUCAGGUUUGGCCCAGUGUCUUCAUCCAAAUCUCAGCUAAUGAACAAUCUGAUCAAUGAGAAACACAACACAUUCUUCCACAGAAACUGCUCAGGCAGCAUAAAAAACAGAGUACUGAUGGAUGGAGUGGUGGAGAUCGCCUGGUACUGUCCGUCUGGAAAAGACACUGAUAAAUUUACUCAAUGUGUUGCCUUUUGUAACCUUCAUGGUGAUGCAGGAGUCCAAGAGAAGCAGAUGCAGAUCCUCACCAAAAUGGCCUCAGUCAAUGUUAUUAUUCUACCACAGCUUGACAAGAAUGACAAGAGUGCUUCAAUGAUUCAGGCACUGUUCAAUGACAAAAAGCCACUAAUUUAUCUUGUAACUGACAGUGACCGUGGCUUAACUGAGAGAAAGAAAAGGAAAUACAAAAUUGGAUUAAAAGACAGAAAUCAGUCAGAUGUAUCUGAAGAACUUGUUGCAGCUAUAAAUAAAUGUCUCUCAUUAUCCGAAUCACCUUCUGUUUUCAGACUUGAAGUGCUGUCCAGAUAUUUAGAAAUCAACGUAGAUGAGGAACAUGAUGAUAAAUGUAAAAGAGGAAAAGAAACAGCCCAGCAGAUGAUGAGUUUACUUACAGGAAGAAAUCUGACCACAAUUAAAGAAUUGUUUCUGCCCUGUCAGGGGAAACUGUGGCAUCAGUGGUGUCUGAAGAACAAAGAACUACAUCGAUCUAGGAGAACUGAAAUUGACAUGAAGAUAAAACAAAAUGAAAUGAAAAAAAUCCGUGAGGAGCAGCAUGCAUUGAAAACUGGGGAGGUAAUGAAGUUGUUUAUUGAAGAAAUGCAUUCACAAUCUUCAGAUGAGAAGAUGUUUUUUCUCAAAUGGCUCAGUAUACUCCUGGAUGAAUAUACCUCAGCUGACCUUUCUGCUCUGCAUUACAAGUAUGAUGAAAAAUGGACAAAAGUCAAAGCUCAUCAACAGGCAAAAGAUGACCAUGCAGAUCUUGAAAGCAUAUCAGAAGAACUUCAAGCUGCAACCUUUGGCUUGGAGCACAUCCUGAGGGAGAUUGGUCAGAUCUAUGAAUCGUGUAUAUCAGAGAACAAAAACAAGCAAGGUCUGCCAUGUAGUUUUACUUCUCUCCCAGGUCUUGCGGCAGACAUGAUGAUCUCUGGAUUUCCUCUGGAGCUGAUGGAUGGAGAUGCUGCUCAUGUUCCUGUGGUUUGGGUUACUGCUGUUCUUCAUGAACUUAUCCAGAAACUGGGAGACCAGAGAGUCUUUGUGUUGUCAGUUUUAGGGAUUCAGAGCUCAGGGAAAUCAACUAUGCUGAAUGCCAUGUUUGGACUGCAGUUUGCCGUUAGUGCUGGCAGAUGCACCAGAGGAGCUUUCAUGCAACUGAUCAGAGUUUCAGAGGAAAUGAAGAUGAAAGAACAGCUGAAGUUUGACUAUAUUCUGGUUGUUGAUACUGAAGGGCUUCGCGCUUUAGAAUUGGCUGGAAGAUCAACACGACAUCAGGACAAUGAAUUGGCCACAUUUGUUGUGGGUCUUGGUAAUCUGACAUUGAUCAACAUCUUUGGAGAAAACCCGUCAGAGCUGCAGGAAAUUCUUCAGAUUGUUGUUCAAGCCUUCAUGAGAAUGAAGAAAGUGAAACUGAAUCCCAGUUGCAUGUUUGUUCAUCAGAACGUUUGUGCAGUCACAGCUGGAGAGAAAACCAUGGAGGGAAGAAGACGACUUCAGAAGACUCUGGAUGAAAUGACAAAACUUGCUGCUAAAGAUGAAGUCUGUGAUGCCAAGUCUUUCAAUGACAUCAUUAAUUUUGAUAUUCAGGAAGAUGUGAAAUAUUUUGCACAGCUCUGGGAGGGCAGUCCACCAAUGGCACCACCAAACCCAUCAUACUGUGAAAACAUACAGGAGCUAAAGCAAGCAUUUUUUGGCCACGCUUCAAAAUCAAAUGGCUUAGAGCUGAUACACUUAAAAAAUCGUGUUUUUGACUUAUGGGAGGCCUUACUGAAUGAACGAUUUGUUUUCAGCUUCAGAAAUUCUCUGGAAAUCGCAACUUAUCGAAAACUUGAGACAGAAUACAGCAAAUGGUCCUGGAACCUUCGCAAAACUAUGUUGGAUGUAGAGAACAAACUGCACAAUAAAAUAGAAAAUGAAGCACUUCAUGAGGUUUCACAAAACGAUCUACAUGAAAAAUUAAAAGUGAUAAGUGGAGAAGUAGAACAAACCAUGUCCGAUUUCUUUGAAAAUGAUGAAGAUAAAGAUAUACUGAUACAGUGGAAAGCAUCGUUUGACAUCAAAAUCAAAGAGCUUCAGGAAAACAUUGUGAGAGAAACAGCAAGAAAAUUAAAUGAGAUUCUUCAACAGCGAGACGUGAAGAAAAAGAUUGAUGCACAAAAGACACAACAUGAAAACACUCUCUUUGAAAAGAGCAAAGAACUUGCUGUAAAACUCAAAGACAAAGCAAACGAUGAAACAAUCCUCAAAAGAGAGUUUGAUUCCUUUUGGAAAGAGUGCGUUAAGGAGAUUACCAAACAAACUCCUCAAAUCCAAAACAUUGACAUAUUAAAUGACAUGAAACAGCUCCUUAGUAACUAUGAAAGUGUUUCUUUGAAUGACUGGAGAAACAGAGAUAUUUUCUCUGUGCAAAGCUAUUCAGAUUAUGUACAGUUAAAGAGAUCUGGUGGAACUACAGAAUCCGCUAAACUGAAGAUUGAGGCUGAAACACAAAUUAGAGCCUUUAUUGAUGACAUUGCUCAUCACGCAGAUAUAAAAAUUAUGUCAUAUGACAUUGCAAAAAUGGGCUACAACAAAACCUACGUUCAAGAGCUUGCCGAUUAUAUCAAGGCCAGAACAGUAGAUUAUGAGCAAGAUUGCAGGGAAUAUGUGUUCCAGAAAGAGUUUUACUUGGAUUUGGUCAUGUCCAUUUGUGAUAGAGAGAACAAGUUUAUCACAGACCAACAUGUAAAAUUCAGGGAAGCCAACGAUCCUGUUUUUUACUUCGAAGCGAAGCGUGAAAUUUACUACAGUAUUUUCCAGAAAUACUGUCAGGGUGCAACAUCAGCUGCCAUUUUUGGUGAGAUCAUCUGUCAAAAACUGAGAGAGCCCAUCCAAAAAUGUGUCUACAAAGACACUGCCAGAGAUUUGGCUAAUGACAUUCAGACAAACUGUGAAUCCCUGAAUGGAAACCGAUCUAAACUAGAGAAACACAUCCUCAAAGACCUGGCAGAACAGGAAGAUUUUGACAAAUACAAAAACUACAUUACCAAUCCCAGAGACCACUUUAAGAGUUUCAUCAGAGAUGAAGUCAGUCAGUACAUUACUGAUAACUUUAGAAAGAGUGUUCGUCCCAAGAUGAAGCAGAACAUAGAACACCUCAAGAAACAAAUAGCAGAAGCAGCUCAUAGGGCGACUGCACUAGUCAACAAGACAGGUGCAGGUGUUCCGAAGUGGUUAGAUGUUAUCACCGAGCAGCUUUCGGAUAUGCUUAUACUCUCUGUAAAGGACUUCAGUGGAGUAAGUCAUGAUGGAGUUGAUGAUCUCAACCUUUUAGAAGAUGUAAUAAGCAAAUUACUUGAUUCUUUAUCAACUGAAAUACAAUAUAAGUUUACCACAGAGAUGUUUUUAGAAAACCUGGAACCCAAUGAUAGACCAGAUCAAGUUCUGAUUGAUCAUCUCUGUCAGUGCUGUUGGGUUCUGUGCCCAUUCUGUGGUGCCACCUGCACCAACACAAUAGAAAACCAUACUGGAGAUCACAGUGUUCCACUCCAUCGAGUGAAUGGACUCACGGGAUGUAUUUAUGAUGAAACAGAGCAGAUCAGUACAGAUUUUUGCACAACUUUAGUGAAAUCUUAUAAAAAGUUCUUCACAGAUCAAUGGUUUUCAUGCAAAGAAUACAGAAAAGCAGGAGGUGUUUAUGCAGAAUGGAGCAUUACUCCUGACUGCUCUGAUCUGCCAUACUGGAAGUGGUUUGUCUGUAGAUUUCGAACUGAUCUGCAAAAUUACUUUGGGAAAACAUUCCACAGGUGGGAUCAGAUUUCAGAAGCAUGGGGUGAAUUCACAAAAGAGCAAGCAAUCCAGAGUUUGGAUAAAUACAUAUGAUGACAGAAUUAGACAUCUAGGUCUCCUUUAUAGUACACCCUUUUUUUAAAUCCAUUUGUUUUACAGCUUUACACAAAUAAUCACACUGUCCAAAACUUUCUGAAAACUAACAUUUUUUUUUGUGGUGGUGGGGGAGUUAAUUACAUAAAUAUUUAUCAUUAAUAAACAGUUUUAAGCUAAUUAUAAAGAGUAAACUCUAAAUUGUAAUGCCUUUUAAUAUUUUAAAAACUGUGUAGAAAUCAGUGUUGCCAGAUUGGAAUUGUCAAAGUAUCGUACCAGAACCUCAAAAUUAUCGUAUUUGGAGAAAAAUUAUCGUACACGAGUCAAACUGAGAGUAUACAGCUAUUAUCUAGACACAUAGCGUUUUCACACAACGUGCAAAUUACCACAAUACGUAAAAAAAAACUAGGUACCUUAGUGGGAAGGUUCAAACUCCACCUCUAAUUUGCUGUCAUUGAAUGUUGCAUGUUCCCAGAUGUUAAGGGAUUUAUUUUUCCGUACAAAUUGGAUGCCGUAAUGGACUGCAAAAUAGUGCUGGUUGGCUUGAAAGCAGUGCACACUCUAAGGUGUGCAUGCUUUGUUUUGAUGAGACUAACUUUAAAAAAAAACACGUUCACAAGACGCAUUUGAAUAGGGAAAAAACAAGAACAUCAAGGGAAAACUCCCGUCCUUCUCACCUUCCUUUACAGCACAAAUUGUUUUAACAUUAUUGCUUAAAAGAUCGACCUCAAACUGAACACUACUGACCUAACCACGGGCACGCGCAGCCGGAGCGUUAAUUUGUGAGAGAGAGCCAUUCUCCACGUUGAUUGGCUGAGAAGAGGCAAAGUAAGAUUAGAUAGAAAACGUGCCUAACUCCACCUACUCCUCACAGACAGUACAGAAAAGAUGCAGCUAGAUCAAUAAGUAAAGAAGCCCGAAGAUUACAAUGAAAUUACUUUUAAAUGCCAUAAAAUUCUGAAAUUAUUGUACAUUACAGGAUUUUUCUCAUUAUUGAUCGUACAUCGUAGAGGUCGAAAUUAUCAUACAAAUACGAUAAUUAUCGUACGUCUGGCAACACUAGUAGAAAUCAGAGUAUGCUAAUUUACUUUAAGAAAUUGGUGAACAUGUAAAUACACUGAAUGACAUGACAAGUCUCAAUAAACUCAAAAUGAAUGAUUUAA